AUGGAAAAGGCAGUUGAACUCGACAACCAGUACCCUGCAACGCACCGCGAUGCUAUGUGCAUUCCUACCUACGAGUCCAUGGGCCUCCGCGCGCCCUCGGCCAAUUUCUCAAAGUUUUCUCCAGUAACCUACCUGUGCGGAAACUCGCUAGGGUGUAUGCCCAGGGCCACCAGGGAGGCAGUGAACAGCGAACUUGAUGCCUGGGCAGACCGUGCGGUCGAGUCCCAUUUCCGCCACCGCGGCGAGCCACAGGGCCUGACCUCUUGGGUCGAUAUUGACCUGCCCCUUUCAAACCUGCUUCCAUCCGUCGUGGGUGGGCUAGAGUCUGAGGUCGCCGUGAUGGGGUCUCUCACCGCAAACCUAAACGCACUUCUGGUAGCCUUCUAUCGCCCCAACUCGCAGAAAUUCAAGAUCAUCUGCGAAAAGGGUGCGUUCCCCUCGGACUUCUACGCCUUCCUCAACCAGUGUGCGAUCCACGGCGUGGACCCAGAGGAGGCCUUGGUGAGGCUGGAGCCCCGUGAGGGCGAAACCUACCUGAGAACAGACGAUAUCAUAAAGGCAAUUAGUGAAAACAGUGAGCAGCUGGCACUAGUGUGUCUACCUGGUAUUCAGUACUAUACGGGCCAGCUAUUCGACAUGAAGAAAAUCACCCUGUAUGCACACCAGUUUGAGGACGUGGUUGUCGGAUGGGAUCUUGCGCAUGCGGUCGGGAACGUUCCUCUGCAGCUCCACGACUGGGGAGUUGACUUCGCGUGUUGGUGUUCGUAUAAAUAUCUGAAUGCGGGGCCUGGAGGAAUCGCUGGUAUUUUUGUGCACGAGAAACACGCCCAGGUCGCUUCUCACACCCAGGAGGGCUACAUGCCGCGUUUGGCCGGCUGGUGGGGUAAUAACAGAGAAAGAAGAUUCCAAAUGAAGGAGGUCUUCGAGCCAAUAUCCGGCGCCCUGGGGUUCCGUCAGUCCAAUCCAAGCGUCAUCGACGUAGUAGCUUUGCGCUCCUCCCUUGAGGUCAUCAAGGACUUUGGCGGCAUCGAAGCUUUACGCGAGAGAUCUUUAUUGCUAACGGGCUAUUUACUGAAACUCUUACAAAAUUCACCAUUCUACCAUGAAUCUCUCACUGCCACUCCUCAGUCGAAACCAGGCUUUACUAUCAUAACGCCCUUGGAUGAGGACGAGCGCGGUGCUCAGCUUUCAUUGCUGUUCUCCCCCCACCAUGACGACCCUAAGCUAGAUACUAUGGAGCAGGUUUUCAAAUACCUGAAUGAGAGGGGUGUUAUCGUGGAUGAGCGCAGGCCCGACGUGAUCAGGAUCGCCCCGGCCCCGCUCUACAAUACUUUCCAAGAUGUUUUCAGGACUGUUGACCUACUCAACAAGGCUCUUCAGCACGUUUAA